GGUGCAGAACUAAGUAGAGAGGUAGUCGUCUAUUCCUCCUCAGGCUCCAACCCCUUUCUUCGUCCUUCCCACCAUUACUGAAUACUGCCUCUCCUUUUACUAGCAUCGUCACGAGCAGCGAGCGGGUCCUAGUGCGCUCUCUUUUCCAUGUCGCACGCGCCUCGGUCGCGUCAAGAAGCCAUAUCGUCGUCCUCCGUAGCGGCUCUUGGCCACUUUGUACGACUCAUGGACAACAUCAAGGGAGAGUGGGCCAACGUGGUCGCGCAGGUGCAUCAGCCCACCACCUCUCUCACCCAACUUCAGCUCGAGACGGUUGCCUUCAUGCGUGGCUUGCACGGGAAUGCAUCGCAAGCCCUUGACGUUCAGCAGUCUCAUGCAUCCUCAUCCCGCGAUACGCUGGAUAGUGCCGCCGCCAUGUCAGCUCGACGAGUGGACAGCUUCAUAGCUCGACAGACGUCAAGGGAAGUCGCGUCCACCCGCCUCUUGUCGCUGGAGGGCGACCUCGUCGAUCUACGGGGUGAGAUGGAGCGUCUUUACUCGUACAGCCAGACGAUGAUGCAUGCGGCAUCCUCCGUGGUCAACGAGCUCGACCAUAUUCACGGACACGUCGGGAGGCUGAAGACCGCGGCAGCAAAUACGAAACAAGUCAUCGCGACGCCGGGCAAGAGGCCUGAACUGGAUCUCACGGCUACGGCUGACCGACCUGGAGGAGGCGGUGACACCCCGUCGUCUUCUCAUUCGCAGUCCGCUUCGGAAAGCGAGGACAACAAGGGGGAUGAGAGCGAGAGGGAAGAGACUGCGUACCUGGAGGAGCUACUCUGUCCGGGACCGUUUAGCGUUGGACCGGAGUACGGCGAGGAGGACGACGACGAUGAGAACGAAGAGAACGUCGCACCGCGGCCCCCUGGGAACAGCGACGAGCUGAUCAGCCGAUCGGAUACGAGGCUACGAGGUGGGCCAGCCUUCGGCGAAGGCAUGACACCAGCAUCAGCAUCAGGCUCAGCAGCAGGUACAACGUUGCCAGAGGCCUUUCGUCGGUCACGACGCCAGGACUACUUUGGCGACUGGAACAAGCGCGGCCGACACGAGCCGGCGCACCUGGAUAUAGGUCCAGCCAGCAAGAGUGUGCAAAUGAACGCAGGGCUGGAUGCUGGUGAGGACGAGGAGGAACAAGAGCAGGAGGACGGCCUGCUUUGCCUAGGGCUUAAGCGCGGUAGGCGGGAGCGUGAAAUCGGACCGCUUUCACUUCCUUUUGCCAGACCAGUCAAGGUCACGAGGAUGACGUAGUACGUCGCUCCUCGAUGUGUAUCCAGGCUCUUGCUCUGUAUUUUGUCUCGCAUUCAUUCAUACCAUGGACUUAGCAAUUGACUGAGCCCUGUGGCGUGAACGGCUCAUCCUUCCCGCCCGAUCGAAAAAGUCGGACCGAGAGGCGAGACAAGAGUGACAGGUGAUCAGUCCAAGGGACCAAGGGCGGCAUAGCCUCACGGAUUUAGGGGUCCGCUCACCAUCUUUGGCACCCC